AUGAAAAUAGGAUAUAAUGAAAUAAUGAUAACAUCAAUGUAUUUUGAUGACAUUAAAGAUUUUAUUAAUUUAGAAAUAGGAAUUAAAAGAUUUCAAGGAAAUAUUGAACGAUUUCAUUUUAAUCCAAUUCCAUUAAAUGAAUAUUCAAGAAAAUUAUUUGCUAAUAUUGAAACAUUUCAUAUUUAUAAUAAAUAUGAUGAAAUAUUUAAUGAUGGAAAAUAUUUAAACAAAAAUAAAUAUGGGAAUAUAAUAUCAUCAGAAGUUAAAUCACUUGGAUAUGAAUGUUUUUAUAAUGGUUAUGAAUUAACAACAAUUAAUAUACCAUCAUCAAUAAGUGAAAUAGGAUAUUAUUGUUUUGAUGGAUGUUCAUCAUUAACAUCUAUUAAUAUACCAUCAUCAAUUAGUAAAUUAGGAGAUAGAUGUUUUUAUAAAUGUACAUCAUUAACAUCAAUUAAUAUACCAUCAUCAAUUACAUCAUUUGGAUGGGGAUGUUUUUAUAAAUGUGGAUGUGAAAAAGAAUUAAAGAAAAAUAAAAGAAUACCAAGAAAUUGUUUUAACAAAUGA